CCGUGCACCUCGACUUGUCGUCAGCUCCUGGCAGGUGCAAAAAUAUACAAAGCUUCAUCAACCCAAGAACACAUAGAGCAAACAUGAAUGACAUUUCCCAAAAGGCUGAGAUUCUGCUUUCUUCAUCUAAGCCUGUCCAAAAAACUUAUGUGCCCAAACUUGGCAAGGGGGAUGUAAAGGACAAGUUUGAAGCCAUGCAGAGAGCCAGGGAAGAAAGAAACCAAAGGAGAUCUAGAGACGAAAAGCAAAGAAGAAAAGAGCAAUAUACUAGAGAGAGAGAAUGGAACAGGAGAAAGCAGGAGAUGAAAGAAAUGCUUGCCUCUGAUGAUGAGGAUGAGGUCUCCUCUAGAGUAGAAAAGGCUUAUGUUCCAAAGCUAACAGGAACUGUUAAAGGUAGAUUUGCUGAAAUGGAGAAACAAAGGCAAGAGGAACAAAGGAAGAGAACAGAGGAGGAACGGAAACGCAGAAUUGAGCAGGAUCUGCUGGAAAAGAGGAAGAUACAGCGGGAAUUAGCAAAAAGGGCUGAGCAGAUUGAGGACAUAAACAAUACUGGAACUGAAUCAGCAUCAGAGGAAGGCGAUGAUUCACUACUUAUAACAGUGGUACCUGUCAAAUCAUACAAAACAUCUGGAAAAAUAAUAAAAAGUUUUGAGGACUUAGAAAAAGAACGAGAAGAGAAAGAAAGGCUCAAACAUGAAGAAGAUAAACGAAUAAGAUAUGAAGAAGAACGGAGGUCUCUCAAGGAAGCAAAGUGCCUUUCCCUGGUCAUGGAUGAUGGAAUGGGAAAUGAGACAAAAAAAGAAUCACUGUCUCCUGGAAAACUGAAACUAACUUUUGAAGAACUGGAGCGACAAAGACAACAAAACCGAAAGAAGCAAGCUGAAGAGGAAGCAAGACAACGUUUAGAAGACGAGAAGCGUGCUUUCGAGGAAGCAAGGCGGCAAAUGACAAAUGAAGAGGAAGAAAACCAAGACACAGAGAAAAGUUUUAAAGGAUACCGCCCUGGUAAACUCAAACUUAGUUUUGAAGAAAUAGAAAGGCAAAGAAGAGAAGAAGAAAGAAGGAAAGCAGAAGAAGAAGCAAGAAGAAGGAUAGAGGAAGAAAAGAAGGCAUUUGCUGAGGCAAGAAGAAGCAUGGUUGUUGAUGAUGAUUCCCCAGACAUAUAUAAAACAAUUUCUCAAGAAUCUCUUACACCUGGAAAACUGGAAAUUAAUUUUGAAGAAUUGCUAAAACAAAAAAUGGAAGAAGAGAAACGACGAACAGAAGAGGAACGGAAGCAUAAGCUAGAGAUGGAGAAACAGGAAUUUGAACAAUUGAGACAAGAAAUGGGAGAGCAAGAGGAAGAAACUGAAACUUUUGAAUUGAGUCGAGAAUAUGAAGAAUUAAUAAAAUUAAAAAGGAGUGGCUCUAUUCAAGCCAGAAGUCUAAAAAGCAAGUUUGAGAAAAUAGGACAGUUGUCUGAAAAAGAAAUACAGAAGAAGAUAGAAGAAGAACGAGCAAGAAGGAGGGCAAUUGACCUUGAAAUUAAAGAACGAGAAGCAGAAAAUUUUCAUGAGGAAGAGGAUGUUGAUGUAAAACCUGCUAAGAAAAGUGAGGCUCCAUUUACUCACAAGGUAAAUAUGAAAGCUAGAUUUGAGCGAAUGGCUAAGGCAAGAGAAGAAGAAGAACAAAGAAGAAUCGAAGAACAAAAAUUACUCCGCAUGCAGUUUGAACAAAAGGAAAUUGACGCGGCACUACAAAAGAAAAGAGAUGAAGAGGAAGAGGAGGAUGGCAGCAUCACAAAUGGCUCUACUGUUGAAGAUGAAGAGCAAACCAGAUCAGGAGCUCCUUGGUUCAAGAAGCCUCUAAAAAACACAUCUGUGGUAGACAGUGAGCCAGUUAGAUUUACUGUGAAAGUAACAGGAGAACCCAAACCAGAAGUUACAUGGUGGUUUGAAGGAGAAAUAUUGCAGGAUGGAGAAGACUAUCAAUAUAUUGAAAGAGGAGAAACUUACUGCCUUUACUUACCAGAAACUUUCCCCGAAGACGGAGGCGAAUAUAUGUGUAAAGCAGUGAACAGCAAAGGUUCUGCCGCUAGCACCUGUAUUCUUACCAUUGAAACUGACGACUACUAGCUCCUCCACCCUCCAAACUUUCUCUCACUCCAACUUUCUUACUGCAUUUAUCCUUUCUGUGGUGGGGCCAUAAAAAGGAAACCAGAAGUGCCACUAUGUUGCCGACUUCCUUUUUUGUAACUCUUC